UGCCUUGGAAAAAACACAUUGAAUUGUAAAGAAUUGAGAAAUGCUAUUUCUCCGGAGCAUUUUUUUCCUGGCAUUGCUGGCAUUUGCCAGGACUAAUCCCGCAGAAAGAAAAAAGGCAGCAAUUUGUGAGUUUUUCCAACACGUUCAGACGUUCCAAGAUGAUCAGUGGGAAGAUUCGGUGAUUCUAAUGAAGAGACUUCUGGAGGAAAUGAUCACAGCUCUCUUGCCCUAUCCUGAGUAUGCAGAUUACAAGGAAAGCAUGCAGGCCUACCUUGAUCGCGGAAAGAAUAUCGUUAAGUCAAGUUCAUUGCAAGAAAAGAUGGCCUAUUUUGAAGGAUUUAAUGAGCGUGGCGGACAGCCAAUGUUAACGGGGUAUCCCGCCAAGAAACAAGAGCUUACAAGGCCCUUAAAUAAUUUCCAAUCGAACAUGAUUUUCAAUGUGUUAACAGAGUUUUACAACAAAUUAAUCAAAGCUGCAGGCGACCUGGAGCGAGUUGUACGCCUUUCAGAUUACUCUUUAGAGGGGGAUCUAUUUAAACUGCUCGAGCAAUAUCGGUCGGAGGGCUUGGGAAGUUUGACUCAAAACAUAGCUUCUCGUAUUCUGUCAUUAAAAGAUCAAUAUCAAUGUGCUUAGAAAGUAAAAUUAAGCAAUUAUCAGUAUAUU